GUUUCCCGCUGAAUGGUCAGGAUACAAUCGUGCAUACACUUACUGGGUAGAAGAGAAGUUUAUACCUGAAUUUCUGGUGACUGAAAUUGGAAACGCGCAGACUGACCGGACUAGGAAUAGCGAUAGAACGAACCGAUAGCUUAAAGUGGUUCUAUACAGAAGCAUCUGCAACUAGUAGAAAGAAGUACUAUUUGGAUUUUGCAUCAUGAACAAACGAAAGAUAGUCGAAGACUCUGACAAGGCGCAGGGAUUCAAGCGUGCCUUGGAACCAGAAAAAAUAAUCGGAGUAUCAGACUGCGGCGGCGAAUUGAUGUUUUUGAUGAAAUGGAAAGGAACAGAUGAAACAGACUUAGUGGCUGCAAAAGACGCCAAUGUAAUAUGUCCGCAAGUUGUUAUACAAUUUUACGAAGACAGACUAACUUGGCAUACGAUGAAAUCUAGCUCAAAAUAAAUGGCGUAGUUGGUUGAAA